CCGUCGAGGACGCCAUUACCGUUUUCCCGAGAUACAGACGGGAUUUCAAGGUAUUUUUUGAGAAAAAGCGCCAAAAUAAGCAAACCCGUGGGUGAGGGCUACUUUCACUUUACCGAACCAAAACAGUAACCAAAAGAUGGGACGCUGUAUCACAUGGAAAUACUUUCAAGAGGCAGUACCUCAAAGAUGUCAGAUACCAAUAAUGAUGAUGACAUGAACUCUGAUCAAAGUGGGCUAAAUGUACAAACUCUUCCUAUUAAUACCUUGUCUGUACUUCCACAGAGUUAUAGUGAUGAUUCUGGUUUAAUUAUUAAUGAUCCAAGUACAGAUGAAGGUCCUCCAGCUAAACGUAUAAAAAUAGAGUCCCAUGAUCACCUUAGUCAAGAUCAGUCCAUUAAACAACUUCUGUUCACCAUAAACAAGGCUAUAUGUAUGAGAUUAGAUGGUAUAGAGAACAGUAUAGAGAUACUCAAUGGUAGAACCAAAUAUUUGGAGGAGCGUAUGGAUGAACUGGUUGACAAUGUCAAGAGUGUUAAUGGAACCAGUGCCAGUCAAAUUUCUCCUAAUCCAUCCAAGAAAGGAGCAGGGGCAGUUAUUGUUGGUUUACCACAGAAUGGAGGUCAGACAGCUCAAAAUGUUGAUGUCAUGCAGAACAUGGGACUUGGACCUAAUGUCACACUUAUUACUCUUAACUCAGAAGAUGAUUUUCCAAAUGGUACAUGGCUUGGAGAUGAAAGUAAUCCAGAAAUGAGAGUCCGAGUGCCUAUUACUCCUAGUGAUAUAUUACAUGUACAUUCCAAUUGUCGGACAGCAGAAAAGAUGGCACUUACUAUGUUAGAUUAUCUGUUUGACCGAGAAACACAGGCUUCUUCUAAUCUAUCUGGUAUGGGAAAACAUGGAAAAAAGCAGUUAGAUCCUCUCAUGAUAUAUGGUAUAAGAUGUCAUUUAAUACACAGAUUUGGAAUCGCAGAGGCUGAUUGGCAUAGAAUUAAACAGAACAUGGACUCUAAAUGUAGAACAGCAUUUAGAAGAAAGCAGCGUGGAAUGCCACUAACUGUCAAAGCUUUUCGUGGAAAGUCUGUUCCUAAUUUUAUAGGACCGGGAGGGACUUCAGAUUUAUCUAUAAGUGAUGACGACUCAUUACAAGACUCAGAACUUCAUAUACACCAGGGUGACCAGGGUGAGUUGAAGCAAACUUUAACCAUGCACAAUAUAGACAGUAGUAUAAAACAGGCCCUGUCAAUGCAUGGGGACGGACUACCUCAGGGAGAAAUACAGAUACUACAUGCCACACCUGAACAAAUCUCACAGCUUCAGCAGGCACAACAUAUACAAAUACUUCAGGGAGAUCAAAUUAUACAGUUACCAUUACCUAUAUCUCAAGCAGAUGGAACUGAGGGUUUACAAGUUGUGAAUUCUGUAGGGGACCACAGUGAUAGUCUCCAAGUUCACACCGUUACCACAGACAGCGGUGAAGUGUUACAUAUACAACAAACAGAUCAUGCAACGGAAUGAUGAUGUUUGUUACAAUCAUAGAGUGCCUGAUAGCAAUGUUUUGGGACUGCACAAUAUUAGAAUUGAUUUAUGCAAAUUCGUAUUUAAAUAUGUUGAUGUUUGUUGGUGUGUUUAGAAAUAUAAACAGAAUAUAGUUUAUAAGAGUGGAAAAUAAGUUAUUAAUGUGUUCUUUUAUGUAGAAUCAAAAUUUGACAAUACAGAAAAUACAAAAAAACUUAUUAUAAAGAGAUAUAGUACACCAUAUUGAAAAAUUAACUAUAGAAAUUUCUGAACCUAGACAAGUGAUAAAUAUGUUUAAUUAAUUAGAGAUAUUCUAAACCAAAUCGUCAACACCAAUUCAGCUUCCUUCUAUGCCACUAAUUUUUGUUUAGAUUGUAUCGAAUAUAUAAAAAAAAAAACAUUCUUUUGUUUGGCCUAAAUCAACAUCUAGCUCAAUGACCAAUACUUAACCUUUUCAAAAUCAUUUCAGUUUUUAUAUUAAAAUACUGUACUAUUAUGUCAACUAAGCAGUUACCGCUUGAUCUUAAUCUAUCUUUUCGUAAAUUUUCCUUUUGAGUCAAUAGAUAUCUAUUAAACUGAAGUAAAGAUUUGGUUAUUACGGUUUUGUAUAAAAUCAGUCGGUUUGAAAUAUUCAUAUUAUUAGAUGUGACUUUCACCUCAUUUUCAUGGUUUUCCAAUGUUAUGUUUUUGUGAUAAAUUAGUUUUCAGAUAUUAGAAGCAAUAGGUCAAUUAUAUUAGUUGUAAGGUGUCCUUGAUCUCAUUUUCAUGGUUUAUUGGUCAACUACAAAUUUAAAUUGGCAACUAAGAACACAUUUACUUUUGGCUUGUAUACAUAUACAUGUAUUAGUAAAACUACAAAAUCAAAUAUCCAUAAAAUGUCAUUGUUUUAUCAUCCAGGAAAUUGGCAUUCAAGAAAUAGUAAAUGAAUCCACAGUAUUAUAAGCAAAAGGUCAUCUUUUUUGAGAAUUAAGAAAUAAAGGUGUAUUUGUUCUGUCUGGGAGGAUUCAUAUGACUUAUACCUUAUUAAUCAUUGAUAAUGUAAAGUUUAUGUGAUGCCAGAGGAAAAUCCUUCAUCUUUUUAUACAAUUAUGGUCAGUGAAGCAGGGAUGACACUGUAUUCUGAAUUCGACUCUAGUUCAGACAUUUAUAUAAGAAGGAAAAUCAUUUUUGUGUGUCCAGACUUUCAUUCCAUGUGUGUUUGCAAUGACUAGCUGUACUCUUUUGUGCAUGUGUUUGCCUGUUACAUUUGUUAUGUUAUGUGGAUGUUGAAAAGUUUAUAUAUAAUUUAUAAUCUAUGAAGAUUAUUGCAUAAUAAAAUUUUAACAUUAA